AUGAAACAAAUAAUUUCAGAAUACAAUAUCUAAUUGUUGCAAAAUAUUAAAAAUAUUAAUAUACAUAUUUUGAAGCAAAACGACUGUUUUUGGAUGCAAUCAUAUGAAUAAAGAAAGUGCAGAAUAGAAUCGUGCGUGUGCGUGCGCGCGGGUGUGUGUGUGUGUGUGUGUGUGUGUGUGUGUGUGUGUGUGUGUGUGUGUGUGUGUGUGUACAAACCAGAGGUUUUCCGUAUUAACGGGUGUUGACUUUGAUAUCGGCAGUCACUGUCAAAUUGUUAAUGAAACGUGAACCGUUGUAUGAGCAAAGUUGAAGUACACAUAACACAAUUCAUUAUUGGAAGUGCAUAUGCUUGUUGAUUUUGUAUACUCGCGAAGUUGAUAACUAAAAACAGUAAGCACAACCCCAGCCUCCUUUUCGACACCGUUAUCAAUCUUCUACUCACAAUCACCAUGUUUACGGGAAAGCUUCAAAUAAAGGUGUGUGAAGCAAUCGGUUUGCGUCCAACCGAUUUUCAAAAGCGCCAUAAUUUAGCAUUUGGAAAAUUAGCUGAUGAUCAACCAAUCGAUCCUUAUAUAUCAAUUGAUGUUGAUGAUAAUCAUUUCGAUCGCUCGACAACGCGGCCGAAAACUUUCGACCCAGUAUGGAAUGAACAAUUCAUCCACGAUGUAACCAAUGCAAACAACAUUAACUUAACUGUAUUUCACGAUGCAGCACUGCCCCCCGAUGAUUUUGUUGCAAAUUGCCAAAUACCUUUCGAAGAUAUUUUGCAAAAUGAUACAGGUGUGCUUGAUCUAUGGGUGAACUUAGAACCACAGGGUAAACUUCAUAUAAUUAUUGAGUUGAAGAACCGAAUUGAUUCUAACAAAGAUGUAACAGAAGUGGUUCAAGCGGUUACUCAAAAUAAGGAAUUUAAGGAGCGAGCUGGCUUCAAUCGUCGCCGUGGUGCGAUGCGUCGACGUGUUCAUCAGGUGAAUGGGCACAAAUUUAUGGCAACUUUCCUCCGUCAGCCGACUUUUUGUUCACAUUGCCAGAAAUUCAUUUGGGGAAUUGGUAAACAAGGCUAUCAAUGUCAAGUGUGCACCUGUGUUGUACAUAAGAGAUGUCAUAGCUCCGUGGUCACUAAAUGUCCUGGAAUGCGGGAAGAGCAAAAUACAAUGGAAAUGGCGCCAGCAGGUCAGCGUUUCAAUGUAAAUGUGCCCCAUCGCUUUUUCGUGCACAAUUAUAAACGUUUUACUUUUUGCGAUCACUGCGGCUCACUGUUGUAUGGGCUUAUCAAGCAGGGCUUGCAAUGCACUCAAUGCAAUAUGAAUGUGCAUAAACGCUGCCAAAAGAAUGUGGCCAAUACUUGUGGCAUAAAUACAAAAGAAAUGGCUGAAAUACUCAGUUCGUUGGGCAUUUCUCCAGACAAACAAGGACAACCGCGCCGAUCGAAGUAUUUAAAUCAACCGGGUGGUGACGAUAGCUACAGUCUAAGCGAUCGCAGCGAUCAGAGCACUGAAAGCAGCACUUCCACACGAAGUUCAAUGAUGUCUGAACGUUCGGCUACAAGCAGUUCGACCGCAAUGACCGGCCUUAGUGGCAUUGCUAGCCAAUACUUUGACUCUCGUCCAGGAAAAACUGCAUUAUCUGACUUUAAUUUCAUCAAAGUAUUAGGCAAAGGCUCAUUUGGUAAAGUAAUGUUGGCUGAAAAGAAAGAUACUGAAGAGAUUUACGCGAUUAAGGUAUUGAAAAAAGAUGCCAUUAUACAGGAUGAUGAUGUUGAUUGCACUAUGACCGAGAAACGUAUUCUGGCUUUGGCCGCCAAUCAUCCAUUUUUAACAGCAUUACAUUCCUGUUUUCAGACUAAGGAUCGUCUUUUCUUUGUUAUGGAGUAUGUGAAUGGCGGCGAUUUAAUGUUUCAAAUACAAAAGGCACGUCGCUUUGAGGCUACACGCGCUGCUUUUUAUGCCGCCGAGGUUACAUUGGCUCUGCAGUUUUUACACUCACAUGGUGUCAUUUAUCGCGAUUUAAAACUGGAUAAUAUACUAUUGGAUCAGGAAGGACAUUGCAAAUUAGCCGAUUUCGGCAUGUGCAAGGAGGGCAUUAUAAAUGGUGUUUUAACCACCACAUUUUGCGGCACUCCCGAUUAUAUCGCACCAGAAAUACUAAAGGAGCAAGAGUAUGGUGCUUCUGUCGAUUGGUGGGCGCUAGGAGUACUGAUGUAUGAAAUGAUGGCUGGUCAGCCGCCGUUUGAGGCUGACAACGAAGAUGAGUUGUUCGAUUCGAUUAUGCAUGAUGAUGUAUUGUAUCCAGUUUGGUUAUCUAGAGAAGCUGUGUCCAUUUUGAAAGGAUUUUUAACGAAAAACCCCGAAACCCGCUUGGGCUGCUCUGGCGAUGAGAAUGAAAUACGGAAACAUCCAUUUUUCGCCAAAUUAGAUUGGGAAGAAUUGGAAAAACGAAAUAUUAAACCACCAUUUAGACCAAAAAUGAAAAAUCCACGUGAUGCCACCAAUUUCGAUACGGAGUUUACGAAAGAGGAACCAGUACUCACACCCGUACCCAACGAUGUUAUACGCUGCAUUAAUCAAGACGAGUUCGCUGGUUUCUCAUUUGUCAACCCGAAAUUCGGACCUGAACGUAAAGUAUUUUAAGUCCGUUUUUCUGUGUGCGCAGAAGCGUCUAAAGGAUUUAAAACAUAAAGCAGAAAACUUGCAAAUCCAUGCGAAAAGCAACCAAAACUAGUACGACAAUUGCGUUUGUUCUUUUUUAUAAUGUGUACGCAUAUACACAGCCACACACAUACAUGUACACAUGCAUCAUAAAGCCAUACUCGCAGUUACAAUGUCGCCAGAUAAAAAAAAAACUAUAUAUUAUUUUCUUCAAAUUUCCGUUUGUUACUUACACAAUAUUGAAACCCUCGUAUUGCGACAAAGACUGUUUGAAUAACGUGUACUGAUAUAUACAUAUAUUUAAACGAUUGCUUAAAUAAUGUAUGUCUGGAUAAUUAACGGCGUGUUUUUAUUGUUUUCCGCUGUUAAUUGGAGUGUAGCAAUGAAUUUGAAAUUGAAUUUCGUGAAAGGUGCAAAAGAACAAGCUUCAAUUGUUAACAAAACAAAAUCAGCUCGUAGUAUUCUGUAGGACAAAAGUAAUAAAUCUAUUAACCAAUAACUAUGCGAGGAAGGUAGUACAACUAAAAAUACAAUUCUGUAAUAUAUAUGUUAGGAAAAAAAAUCAAUGAAAUUCGUAUACCCAUGAAAACAAUAAUAACAAACAAAAAUUAUUUGUUAACCCGCAAUUAGGCACUGUGUUGUAAUGAAAAGCAUGUUGCAAAUAUAUUGUAUUAUUUUCAAAUUUAAUUGCCACUAUAGAAAUGCAAAUGUAAAUUUUUUAAAUAUGAAGAUUCAAAGUAAACAAAAACUAUUUGAAGUCGCUGUACUAAGACUGUUAUUUAAUGUUUAUUAGUACGAAUGAUAAUGCCAUGAUUACUGGUGGUAAUCUCUUAAUUUUUCUCACAUCUAAUUAAUUAUAUGCUUAAAAUAAUUAUUUUUAAUUGAAUAACGUUAGCUAUAUUUUAGUUGCUAAUAUUAAAUAUGCUUUGAUUUGUGAGAAAAAAAAAAAAAUUUUGAUUUUAAAAUAACAGUCGAUAAUACCGGCAGCAUUCAAAAAUGUAUAAUGAACUAUUUGUAGAUUUGUUAUUCCAAAGCAUCAAUGAAUAGCGUAAAUACAUAUAUUUAAACGAUUGUUUAAUUAUUUACGGAUUUAGUGAAUUCCUUUUUUUUAUACUACUCUUCCGGUUUAGUUUACAUAAAGCUUUGAAAUCUAGCCAUACACCUUGAUUUUGAUUAAAUUUUUUCAUAAAAAAGAUAUGUAAUUUACUGAGAUUUAGAAAAUGCCAUUUGUUUAGGUAACGAACACUGUAGAGAUUAAUUGCUUCUGCAUCGUAUUAUUAUAUGAUUAUGUUUAUGUUAAUAGCUUUUUAAUGCAUUCAACGAAAUUAUAAGAAGUUAAAUUUGAAUAUUGUAAUUUUGCUUUAUUUAUCAUUGUUAAUUGAUGUAGUUUUCACGAAUAUUUUUAAAUUUUAUUCCAUAAACCAUCGAAUGUGAAGCGUCAUUCGCCCAAUCUAGUCAAAAUAUGUAUAAAAUACGCACACAAAACACACAUCACGUGCAUAACUGAAUUGUUACAAUUAAAUGCAUUUCAAUUAUUUGUUGAGCAAACAUAUUUUAGUUUUAGUUUCUCAUAUAUGAAGCGAUGAAUUUAGUUUAGAAUUAUAUUUGAUUAUGUGUUUUACUUUUUAUGGUAUUUCCAUUGAUUUACAACCCAAGUGAACAAAUUUUAUUUUAUAAUUAUAAUGGUAUUUUUUAAUUGUUGGAACAAAUUGUACAUAAGAUUUAUUUUAACUGUGCUUAAAUCUGAGUUGUAUGAAUAGUCAAGUUUUCUGCUAAAAAUAAAACAAUCAAAACAAUUUCGAAGUGAACUCGCAAUCUCCACAACAUUAUUUUCCUUUUUAUGCUUUGUGGAGGGAGAAAUAUAUUUUUGUAAACAAUUAGCUAUAAUGCCAAUGUGUUUGAGUCUCAAAUCGUGAGAAAUUUGCUAUGGAAGGAACUAGAACUAAGUUAUUUUAACGCUUGAGGGUGACCUUCGAAUAGCCGGUUUUACUUAUUUUCGAUACUAUGAUAUGCUCUUAUUAUAAAUCCAUUUGAAAAUAAUUUAUCAACAUUUACCUUACCUCUUGACCAUAAAGUGGCCAAUGUUUAUUUAAUGAUAUGCAUUUUAAUAUAAAUACGCACAAUAACCAUAAAUGAACUAAAAUAAAUAAAAAAAAAAGUAUUAAAAUGAUAUUACAAAUAAUUUGUUAAUUUAUGGUCAUUCUUUUAAAUGCAUUUCAGAAAUUUUCUAGGUAGUGCUGUUUCGUUUGACGUACAUAUACCAAAAUUUUUUUUCUGAAUAAUCUAAUUGUAUAAAUAUGAUUUGCCACUUACAAACAAAUUGUGUAUAAAAGAAUACUUUUUUUUAUUAUUGAUUUAUUUAAACUUUAUUGGAAAGUGAACGUACGAACGUAACAAGUUUAGCAAAUAUUAAGCCAUUCAUAAAAAGAUAUUGUUAAUGAGUGAGUUUAGAGAAAAAAUUCACAGCAAUAAAUUUGCAUGAAUAAAAAUUAUAAAAAAUAACAAAUGUUCAGAAAAGAUGAGUAAAAUAUUUGUAUAAUAUAUUUAAAUUGAUAUAAAAAAGCAUUACGUAUAAGAAUUAUAAGUAAAGCUCAACCAACAGUUCAAACUAAGAAAUAUCAUGAAAUGAAAAACUCAAAAAAUGUGCAAGUUUUGCCACAUUUCUGAACUAUAUGUAUAUGUAUGUAUGAAUGCACUCAAUUACAUAUUUUACCCAAAACGGAAUAGAACAAUUAAUAAUAGUGUCGUACAAGCUGAUUAAGUGCAUACGCAUACAUACAUACAUAUGUGUGGGGUGUACAUUAAUUUCAUGUCUGAUUAUUAAACCAUAAAAAGUAUAAAAAGUUAAAUAUUAUAGGAAAAUCACCAUUUGAAUAAUUGAAUUGCAGAAAGCAUACAUACAUGCGAAGAUCAUAGUUAUUGAAAAGACUAAUUCCGCUAAGUUCGUCAGAGCUAUGAAUAGACCAAUUAAAUCAAAAAAUAUGACUUAGGCAUUAAAUAUGAACGAGUAUGUAUGUAUGCCAAGAAAAUAAAAUAUAUAUAAAGUACACAAAAAGUGUAUGUACAUAUGUAUUUCCACCAUGUGUACAACUUUUGUGCAAAUGCACAAUUGUACUUAAAAGCUAUAACUCCGAAAAUAUUUAAUACCGAAAAUUCAAAGGAAAUGCAAAUACUAAAGUAGAUAUGUUACAUAUAUACAUUUAUAUGUAUGUAUGUGUAUAUAUGUACAUAUAUAUUAAUAUGCACAAAAAACGUACAAAUAAUUUAAAAUUAAAUAAACAUUAAAUUAAUAAAUAAAUUACUGCGUUGCACAAAAAAAUGGUGGUACGAAUGUAUUACAAGUUAAUUUGCAUUUGGAAUGUUUUAAGGCAAAUAAAAAUGGCAUCUUUUUUAUUGACCCCAAUCGGGCAAUUGUUUAUUAUGUACAUAGUAGUAACAGUACCAAAUUAUCGAUUUUCCGCGCUUAGAAAGUAUUAAUAGUAACAUUAAUUUUAUUUUAAAUUUGUAUUUUCCGUACAGUUGCAUUUUCCAAUGGUAAAGAAACUCAUUCAGCGCCUUUCUUUUUGCUUGAGUUAAGGUUAGGAAAUUUGGAAAGAGACUUCUGCACUAAAUUGCCAAAAAAAUAACAAGCAAGCAAAGAAAAUAUAACGACAUUAUCGCAAAAAGAACUUAUAUGCAUAAAUUCGUUCACAAUGAAACCGUAAGUAACGAACUAGAGCAAAGAGUAUAGAUGCAACUUUUAGCAACACUGAAUUGCAAAAUGCCCAAAACAAUAACAAAUGGAUACUAGUAAAAAUGCUAAAUAUAUUGUAAAAUAAUCUAUUUUGUGGAUCAAUAAGCAUUUUUACAAUAAAAAUUCAAAUAUUCAAAUACAUAUGUAAAAUUCACAUGGAACAAAUGUUAAAUACUUAGAAAUUUAGGUAGCAAGAAUAUGUUGAUUAAAACAAUGUAAAUUAAUACCAACGUUAUAAAACUUAAGAAAUAAAAAAAUUAAGCGAAAACGCCGUUGCUGCUUUCAAUGUUGUUCGACACUUGCUUAAAAGAAACAGCGAACACAUGCAAAAAACCUGAAACCUAUAUGAAAAUUAAAUACGAGCCAAAAUGUGUGCAAAACAUUUCAAAAUUGUAAAAAUAAUAAUGCAAACAAAUUUUGUAUUAAAAUACUAUUUUGAAUUAACAGCGUAAUAAUUAUACAGAAUACAAAAAUGUACAAACAAAAAUUAUACGAAAACUUCGAAACACAAGUCUACAUUUGAAAAACUCUUUAAAUUAAUAAAUGUUACCAUAUAUGUGUUAA